AUGGGCGGCCAGAUAUCUAAACUCUUCUCCGGGUUGUUCUUCGGCAAGAAGGAUAUUCGAAUUUUGAUAUUGGGUUUGGAUAAUGCAGGAAAGACAACAUUACUCUACAGAUUGAAGGCAAGUCGUGCACUGUCUGGGUACACAUGGGAGCAGUCCUCUGAUUUGGCACGAACAGAUUGGCGAAGUGGUCACGACAAUACCUACAAUUGGAUUCAACGUCGAUACGGCAAGUUGAACUUUGACGUUUGGGAUUUGGGCGGUCAGACUUCCAUUAGACCGUACUGGCGGUCAUACUAUGCCAACACAGCUGCUGUCAUUUUCGUGGUUGACUCGACCGACAUCGAGCGGUUAGAAAUUGCUGCAGACGAGUUGAAAAAUAUGUUGAACGAGGAGGAGCUUAAAGAUGCUGCUCUGUUGGUAUUUGCGAACAAGCAGGAUCAGCCUGGCGCUCAAGGUGCUGGAGAAAUAUCAGAAGCAUUAAGCCUUGGUGAGCUGCGAGAUCGAAAUUGGAGUAUUGUUGCUUGUUCUGUCAUCGACGGCAAGGGCAUCAGCGAGGGCAUGGAUUGGCUCGUGCAGACAGUUCAGUCUGAAUCAUAA